CACAAGGUCUUGUUUUGUUGCGCCUGCGCUUUUAAUGUUUUCCCGUCCAUGUGUAGGCGAAUCACGUGUGGAGAGACCGUUGAUCGUCAUGUCUCUGCUGUAGCAAAGAUCCGUGCUAGAUUUUAUUAUUUGCCUCCAGUUGUCGCUGCACUUUGUUUUGACAGCUGCUUGUUUUCUUUUCUCGUACCUGUUUACCGAAGAAUGAGCGAAAACGAUGACAUCGAAGUCGACAGCGAUGCAGACAAGCGAGCCCAUCACAAUGCGCUUGAGCGCAAACGCAGGGACCACAUUAAAGACAGCUUUCAUGGUUUACGAGAUUCCGUGCCUGCUUUACAAGGGGAGAAGAGUUCUGUCAAACAGGCUUCCCGAGCACAGAUUCUAGACAAAGCCACCGAGUACAUCCAGUACAUGAGGCGAAAAAACCAUACCCACCAGCAAGACAUUGAUGACUUAAAGAAGCAGAAUGCACUGUUGGAGCAACAGGUCUUUGUCUCUCUGUCUGUGGGUACUGCAGUUCGUGCACUGGAGAAGGCGAAGGGGAACACUCAGCUCCAGACAAACUACUCUUCUGACAGCAGCUUGUACACAAACCGCAAAGGCAGCGCGGUGUCUGCCUUUGACGGCGGGUCCGACUCCAGCUCUGAAUCAGAGCCGGACGAGCCGCCCAACAGAAAGAAGCUGCGCGUGGAGCCCAGCUAGACUCGGUUCGUCUCCCCCCGGUUCUCCAAACAGACUCUUUUUGCCCACCAGCCCCAACUCCUCUCACCUGUCCACACUCAGUCCUGCAUUCUAACGCCAGUCCAGAAGACAAGGUGGAGACUGUGUGAGAGAGGUGCUAUUAUGUAUAAAACGCUUCUACCUUCCUUUUUUCUCCUAGUAGGCAUCCUGUCACUCCGUUCGUGGCCCAGCAACAACUUUUUAAGACCCCCAAAGUGAGGCAGCUCUGCAGUUUUGAAGGACUCUAUGCUUUUUUUUUUUUUUUAAACCUCAUGAUAACCAUUCAUAAUCAAAUGUGGAGACGACAAGGUAUGACGCUUUAGUAAAGCUACACAAAAUAUAUUGGUUUUUUUUUUCUUCUCUCAUGGUUGUUUUGGACAACGUCUCUGCAAUCUGUUGGGGUUGUGAGACUUUUUUGACUUUUUGACAAAAUGGUAAUUAGGCAUAGUUUACCUUUUUAAUAUUCAUACUUUUCCAGAAAAGAAUGUGAAGUUGCUUUUGAAAAGAAAAUGUCUGUUAUGCAAGAUGCAACCCUCCUUAUUCAGUGUAGGUGGCUGAAGUUUUUUGUCUUUGAAAAUGUUUGUAUAAUCAAAUGAAUCCCUCUAUUUAUAGUGACUCACCGAAAUUGAUUUCCUACCCUUAUGUCUGGUCUCCCUUAUGUUUGGCUUGAGAUUUUCCAGAGAGCACAGGAGGAUGAACAAGUUGACCUGCUGUUUUAGUGGAUUUUCCACAGGCUCAACUAUUUAUUUUCCUCUAUUUUUAUUAUCAGAUAAAAUGUAGGUAUACAAAAAAAAUAUCCCCUAAUGGAUACUGAAUGUUAGGCAAUGCAGUUAAAGGGCAGUGACCUUUUAUUUUUGUUAAUGAAAGUCCAUUUCAGUGUGUGGUAUAUAACACUGUAUACUCUUUAAUGGUGUCAGUUCUGCAAAGAAAAGCCUUCCCUUGAAAUAUUUGCCUGUGCUGGGAACGUUUGUCUUUCUUUCUUUCUUUUCUUUUUGCAGAAGUAAAUUAGUGUGUAUGUAAUCAAUAUUUGUUUGUUCCAUUCCAUGGAAAUUACAGGUAUGUUGUACAUACUGCCAACGGUUGUCUUGCAAGUUAAGGCAAACCUUUAUUAUGAGACUAUAAAUAAAACUAUUUUAUCCUUUUGGGAUGUA